AUGCUGCACAUCACUCCGUGGAAGGCAGCUGCCUUUGUAGCCACCAUCCUGUUGGUUUUGUAUUCGUUGGCACAGUUCUCUUCCUUUCAAGAUCUCAGAGACAAAACCGCUGCUACCAUCGCACAUGUUACGCCAAUCGAGAAGUAUCAACGACCGCUGGUACUUUAUGCAUAUGCGGAAUCCGACACUAGCCGCGAGAACCUGGACUUUUUCGUGCAAAAGGGCAUCCAUGGCGCGGCCGACUUUGUUUUCAUCUUCAACGGGCCGACAAAUGCCACCGACCUGAUCCCCAGUCAUCCGAACGUGGAAGUGGUCAAACGAAAUAAUACCUGCUACGAUCUGGGGGCCUUUGGCGAGGUUCUGCUAGCAGGCGAUCGGUGGAAGAGCUACAAGCGAUUUGUUGUCAUGAACGCAAGUGUCCGCGGGCCGUUUUUCCCAAACUACAUGAAACCCUGUUGGACGGAUGCAUUUCUCAAUCGCCUCAACGAUCGCGUCAAGCUGGUGGGCACAACAAUCAACUGCUUCCCACACCCGCACCUGCAGACAAUGGUUCUGGCCACGGACGACGUGGGCAUGUCCAUCCUGUUGAAUCGUACGCUCGCAACAUCCUUGGAUAAUGUGGACAAAUGGGGGGGGAAAGACGACCCUGUUGGAUUCACGGCCUGCUUCGAAGACCGAAACAAGGCGGUACAUUCCGAAAUUGGCAUAACCGGGCUGAUCCGGUCGCAAGGGUAUGACGUCGAUGUCAUGCUGACCUCGUUUAGCGUCGACGAAGAGGACCUUACCUCGUAUUGUGCAAGCGACAAGCGCAAUGCUGACCCGCUUGUCGACGGGCAUUACUUCGGCGCCAACAUUCACCCAUACGAAAUGGUUUUUAUGAAAACCAACCGUCACGUCGCCGAGACGACGAUGGAGAUAAUGACAGAGUGGCACCGGAGCAGGGGAUGGUCAAGCUGGGAUGCUUGCCCGGCUUCAUAG